AUGCAGGAUGCAAUGGGUUCUCCGCAUCGAUCUGAACCCCAACCAGACCUUGCCCACCGCCGGAAAAGCAUGCCCGUCCGGGCUGCCAACGCCACAGCCCACAGGCACAUUCCACCUGCCUCUCCCGAGGUCAUCUCGUCCCUGAUCUCGUCCCUCUCCGCUAUUUCCACUCCUGCCCGGUCUCACUUCGAUAAUUUCCCCGAAAUUGGCUCGCGCACCGCUCCUUCGUCGCCUGGCUUCCGGCAGACGGAGUUCUCUCGCGAUGGCUGGGAUGCAAACCUGACUACGAGCCCAGGGUUUGGAAUGGAUUAUGGUGCCUACAGGACUGUAGUCGAUGAGGAGGAAAAGUCCUUUUUACAUCCAGACGAUGCUGCGAUCUCCCCUGUGGUGCGAAUGGCAAAAGCUCCUGCAUCCCCUCGUUCACCGCGAUCCCCCUGCUCCCCACGCAGCGCUCCUGGCGAUUCCUCCCCGCUGCGGACAGGCUCUAGAGCCUCAAUGGCUUCCUCGAUUGCCGGUCCGGAUGAUGGACUGGGUUUUGGCGUGCCCAGCUUGGAACCUGGCCCUCGAAUGUCUACCGCAAGCAUCGCAUCUUCGAGCAGUGGCGGUCGCAAAAGUUUGAAGCACCAACUCAGUCUCCUGCAGAGGUGUUCGAGGGAAUUUGCCAAGGAUAAAGAUAGUGAUCGAUUUCAAAAGGGAGGAGAUGGAAAGUUAAACAAUUCUCGUAGCCGGCUGAGCUUGCGCUCGACGCCCUCAAUGGCUGAUUUGGCGGAAGAAGUGAGUUUGAAUAACGGCGUUUUCCAGCUACUCGAAAAGCAAUUAAAUGAAGAUAAUCGUCGCGAGUCUGCUCCGAGUCUUGGUACACAAAGGUCCAUCCCUGACACAGGCAAUGGCAGCCCUGGUGGGAUUGGAAGCGGAAGAGUCAUUCCCACUCGUGAAUCCUCCUUGCGUCACAGCUACAAUGGGAGUUCUAAUAAAAAACGGCGCUCAGCUCGCCACAGCGUGUAUUCGAAUCGAGAUUUUACUAUCGAUCGUGAUAUUGCUGAGGUAAAUGCGGAAGACGAUCAAGUUUCGAAACGAAUACAAGAACUCAAAGAGCAGCAGAAGAGGAUCAAAGACGAAUUGCAGACAGACGGAACACCGGAUGCCAAUUCGCAAUCCCGGACACCGCAGCCGAGCCCUAAACAGCCGGCAGCCCAGCACACGGCCGUCACGAAAGAAACAAUUUUAGUCCGACAAUCUGUUCACACCGUAUCCGACCAGCCGCUGAAUGAAGUCGAUGAAAUGCAAGCAGAGCAACACGAAAGCGCGCCCUCGCCUGCCAUUCUAACCCGCAAAUCACAGACAACAAAAAAGCGCAAUAGCGGACCACUCUCGUUGAAAACUACGAAUAUCCAACCCGCAUCAAGUAAACAGUCCUUCGAAAAGCCCGAUCGUAUUGACCCAAGGCGAAAGUCAACGCAGAACAAUCAUCCUUCAGAAUCAAAUCACCGACGGACAAGGUCAGGCGCAAUAUCACCUGGUCCUCGGCUAUCCUUAGGACAGGAAGAACGACCGUCCAGUUCGGAUUCUAUCGAUGAUGCAGUUCACGACUAUCUAUCCUCCCCGAGACUUACGCAGAAGGUCAGACAUCCACAUACGGGACGAAUAAUUGCGUUCUCAGAAGUUGGUGAUCCGAAAGGUUAUGUGGUAUUCUGCUGUGUGGGCAUGGGCUUAACGAGAUAUUUAACUGCCUUUUACGAUGAGCUUGCUCGGACGCUCAAAUUACGAUUGAUCACGCCAGAUCGACCCGGUGUUGGGGAGAGUGAGCCCUGUGUUGAUGGCUCAGGGACGCCUCUUAGUUGGCCAGAUGACGUCGCCAUUAUUUGCAAUUUCCUUAAAAUCACAAAAUUCUCCAUGAUGGCCCAUUCCGCUGGGGCGAUAUAUGCCCUCGCAACCGCAUUGCGAAUGCCGCAACAUAUCCGAGGCCGAAUACAUCUACUUGCACCAUGGAUACCGCCAUCUCAAAUGACCAGCAUGGGUUCGCACAAAGAACCACUUCCAGCCGGCGCUGUUCCAUAUUCCCAGAGAAUCCUCCGUGCUUUACCCACCCCUUUCCUCAAAGUCGCCAAUUCCAGUUUCAUGACAACAACCAGUGCCAGCAUUACCAGCAGCCUCCCCAAGAAUUCAAGACGGACCAAACGACGCAGCACAACUAUAACCGGCACCGGUGAUGCCGGGUUCAACAACUUUAUCUCGCAGCAACGCCAGAAUUCCUUAUCCCUGCCUCGAGACCCAACCAAAAGGGAUUCCCAAGAAAUCGUCUCCCGCGUGACCGCAAACCCAUCCGAUCCGAAAGCGGAGUCCGCCAUCAUCGCCGCAGCCGCAGCCAUCGACAAGGAGCGCCAGUCAGAUUACGACAACCGCCUCACCCACGCUAUCUGGGAACUAGCCACGACCAAUGCCAACCCAGCCGUCGAUCUGCUUGUCUGCCUCGAACGGCGCCAAACCAUAGGAUUCCGCUAUGUCGAUAUCAACCGCGCUGUAGUCAUCCACCACGGCACGAGGGACACGCGGGUUCCUGUUGAUAAUGUUCGAUGGCUGGGUAAGACGAUGCGGCGGUGUGAAUUGCGGGUUCUCGAAGGGGAGGGCCAUGGGCUUAUGGCCUCAGCGCUUGUGAUGGGGAAUGUGUUGAUGGAAGUUGCGAAGGAGUGGGAGGAUUGGACAACUGUUGUCCAAGGGAGGAGGGAGGGGGGCCGAAGGGCGACAGUUACCGCUAACAAACACUGA